CCCCCUCCUCCUUUUAUCUGAGACUCUCCAGGCUCCUCUCACACAACCCAGCCAACACACAGACCAUCCCGAGGUCGUGCAGGUCCCUCGCUCCCACUGAGACACAUUACUGAUGCUCGGCUGCAGCUGAAGAAAGCACUUCAACCCACACACACACUCGCACACACACACACACACGCACAGACGCACAUAUAGAACCGUGUGCCCUCCGUGGCCAUGCAGCCCUUCUGCAGUCCGCUCUUCCUCCACCUCACCCUCGUCCUCCUCCUCCUCCCCGUCCUCCUCCUGAGCCACGCCACGCUGGCCGAGGCCAAGAAGAAGACGCAGCCGCCCGCGUCCAGGUCCGCCGUGCCGGGGUCGGGCGAGCUGACCACCAAGGCCGGCCACAGCUGCACCUGGGCCACCUCGGACGCGUCCGACGGCGCCGUCGCCCUGCAGGUGAGCUGCUCCGUGCCCGGGGGAGAGGCGCCCGCCGACACCUACCAGUGCCGCUUCACGGGGAAGCCCGAGCUGUGCCCGGCGUACGCCGACAAGGCCAACCAGUACUGGAAACAGGUGGUGGGCAAGCUGAAGAAGAGGAGCGACGCCUGCGAGGGCGAGAAGGUGCUGAAGACGCGCCUCUGCAAGAAGGCGCCCGCGGCCUCCCACGUGCGCCUGGCCGAGAGGAGCGGAGAGGAGAAGAAAAUGGAGGAGAAGGAGGAGGAGGUGGCGGCGGCGGCGGAGGAGGAGGAGGAGGUGCCGAGGGGGAAGGAGACGGCGCCGGCGCCCGUGGCGAAGGAGGCGGUGGUGGCGGCGCGGCGGUCGGAGAGGGAGGGCAAGCCAGAGCCGCUGCUGGGAGACGCGGGCGGAUUCGGGGAGGUCAACGACGGGACCGCCGAUUCGGAGGUGUCCAACUACUGCGCAGAGGGGUGGCAUUCCCUCUGCUCCUUCUUUGUCAAGUUCUUCGAUGGGUAGACAGAGAGGUGAUGGGAUAUUACACUCUGCUGCUGGUCAAGGCAACAGUCAGGUAGAGAUGUGUCUCCAGAUUGAAGUUCUUAUGCAAAAUGGAAUUGAUCUGUUCAUUUCUUUAAAAUGAUAAUCAUGCGAAGAUAUAUUGAAUACAGAUAAUGGGAAAUUCUUAGAGCUCAUUUUGAUUCCUUCAAUUUCUUAAGCUAUAGGACCAGCCAGUGGAUGUAGAAAAACAGCUAAGGACAAAUGAUCAAGUGUAGAAUUUGCUGUAUAAUAUUUAAAGUACAACUAAUCAUAUUUUUUCAUAAGAGAAGUUUUGUUACUAGAUUGGACUGUUUGAAAUAAUCCUUUGUAAAGCACGUGGUACCUCUGUGAAUAAAUGAGAAAUUCGAUUUAAA